AUGAUGACCAUCACACCGUACUCUCCUAGAUCUGUAUCACAAGCAACAUCCUUGAAAAGGAAGGCUUUAUUGUUGGACGUGAACCUUCGACAAACUCAAUCGCCUACAAUGUCGCCUUCGUUAUCAUCACAAGAAUCCUCACCUGCCAUCCCAUACUCGAAUUACAUGCAAGGGUUUCCUAAUUUAUCGCACGUUCCUCCUGAAAGCGUUUCUCAAUGGUUCGAUGAUCUUGAAGACGGUGACAAUAUAGUCAAGCAAUUAUCUCGCACAUCCGAUUUCGAGAAGAUACCCGUAACAAGGUGCUGUUGCCAGCAAAGAAGUGAUUUACCCCGUCGUGAAAAUAGUAUUGCAACGCCAGUAUCUCUGCACACUGGCCAAAACAGAAUUGCUUUACCAAGCCGUGAAAGCAGUGUUGGAGCACCAGUAUCUCCUUUAAAUGGUGAUACGAUGAAUACUGAAGCCAACCGCGCCGCAAUCACCACCAACAAGCCUCACGACUACGACGAUGUCAUGUCCAUAGACGAGGAAUCAGUAUCCUCCGACUCCUUCCAUCAACCAUCAACACCCACCAAUCCACUCAAGAAACGCCGCUACCUAACCGCUGGCAGUGGCCGAGUCACCAAACCUUCCGUCGAAGUAUUCAUCAAAGUAUUCGAACAAACCUCGUAUCCCGAUACCAACGUUAGAAAGAUGCUGGCUGAGCGAAUGAAUAUGACACCACGGGCAGUGCAGAUAUGGUUUCAGAAUAGACGGCAGCAUGCAAAGGCUUAUGGGUUUCGUGAAGGGUUGUUGAGUAAGAAGAGACCUCAUUCGUAUAAGGCACCGACUGGACCGAAUGAUGUUGCGGAGAGGUUGUUAUUGGAUGUUGCGAUGUGGUGUGAUGAGGCUGGAUUUUGA